AUGCUGCAAGGCAUACAGCGUGCCGUUGCUGUUACUAUUGGUGCUUCAACUCAAAUUAAAGCUUUUGUUGGAUUAUUUUUGAAGCGAAUUGUAUCGACGACAUCGUUGUUUAUGGAUAAAAAUCAUUUGGCCGAUGAAAAAUCACCUUAUCUGCUUCAGCAUGCUAAUAAUCCCGUUUAUUGGUACCCUUGGGGUAGAGAAGCUUUCGAUAAGGCAAAAACGACAAAUCGCUUAAUAUUUCUUUCAAUUGGCUAUUCGACGUGUCAUUGGUGUCAUGUAAUGAGUCAUGAGUCGUUUGAAAAUGAAGAAGUUGCCGGAAUUUUGAACGAAAAUUUUGUAAGCGUAAAAGUAGACCGUGAAGAACGUCCUGAUGUCGAUAAAGUUUACAUGACUUUUAUACAGGCAAUAUCUGGUGGAGGUGGUUGGCCAUUGAGCGUCUUUUUGACACCGGAUUUGAAACCGAUCACCGGUGGUACAUAUUUUCCACUUCGUGAUAGGAAUGGUCGACCAGGUUUUAUAACGUUGCUCAACAUUAUUGCAGAAAAGUGGCGAACCGAAGAUAAAGAAAUGGCAGACGUCGCAGAGUUAUUUCUUAGUUCGAUGAAGCGUUCAAUGAAACCGAAACACGGGGUACUUCCAUCACUUGAAGAAGUGGAAUGGAUGUGUUAUAAUCAUCUAAAGGAUACAUUUGAUGAGGAGUACAAAGGAUUUGGUUCUGCCCCGAAAUUUCCCAACUGUGUAUAUUUUGAAUUUCUGCUUUGUUUCUACUGUGCUCAUGUAAACAGCGAAGCUGGCAGAAAUGCAUUACAAAUGGUUGGUGAAACACUCAUGGCAAUCAAUCGAGGAGGAAUUCAUGAUCAUAUCGGCAAGGGCUUCCAUCGUUAUUCGGUAGACUUGAGAUGGCAUGUACCUCAUUUCGAAAAGAUGCUGUAUGAUCAGGCUCAGCUCUUGGCGAUAUAUGCAAUUUAUCAUGCGAUCACUGGCGAAUUCAUUGAAGUCAUUGAUGAUAUUACAAACUACGUUGACAGUAAUCUUACACAUAAGUCUGGUGGUUUCUACAGUGCUGAAGAUGCAGAUUCGUUGCCCAAUUUUAGUUCGGUAAAGAAAUGCGAAGGAGCAUAUUAUGUUUGGACAGAAAAAGAAAUCGAUGAAACACUUAGUGAUAAGCCAAUUAAUGGUAGUGGAGGAUUGACUUAUGCUGAAGUUUUUAAAAUAUAUUAUGAUAUUAAAUCGAAUGGAAAUGUUCCGCAAUCUGAAGAUCCACAUGGUGAACUGAAAUCACAUAAUGUGCUGAGGGUGAAAGAUUCACAUAGCGUUUGCGCAACAAAGUGUGGGCUUAGUAUUGAUAAUCUAAAAGAUGUGAUCAACGAAGCAAAAGCUUCACUUCUAGAGACACAAAAAAAGAAACCGAGACCCCAUCUUGAUAAUAAGAUUAUAACAUCGUGGAAUGGACUGAUGAUCAGCGGUUUGGCAAAAGCUGCAAUUACCUUACAAAAUGAGGAAUUUUUGCACCGUGCUCAGCGUGCUGUUGAUUUCAUUAGAAAGCACUGUAUAGAUACCGGUCACCUGUUACGCGUGGCCUAUGUGGGAGCCGAUGGGGAAAUUGUCAAAAGUACUGUUCCGAUUCAAGCAUAUGCGGACGAUUAUGCAUUUUUGAUACAAGGGCUAUUGGAUUUGUAUGAAGCAUGUUUCGAUGAAAAGUUAAUUAAACUGGCUGUUGAUUUACAAAAAGAAAUGGAUUACCGCUUCUGGGAUGCAGAAAAUAAUAGUGGUUAUCAUCAGACAGUUGAAGACCCUCAUAUUAUCAUCCGAAUCAUAAAUGACCAGGAUGGAGCUGAGCCAUCGAUAAAUUCAGUUGCAUCAAUGAAUCUGGUUAGACUUUAUGGUAUUACCGGUGAAAAAACAUAUAAUGAACGGGCACAUAAAAUUUUUGAAAGUGCUGCGCAAACUCUGAACAAGUAUCCGUUUGCUCUUGCAAAAAUGGUCAGUGCAUUACAAAAGUAUGUGCGUCCCAUCAAACAGGUUGUUGUGGUUGGUUCAAGAAACAAUGAAACAACAAAACAGAUGCUAUUGCACGUCUCAAAGCGCUUUGAUUGUCUAAAAAUUUUGAUAUCCUUGGAUCCCGAAAAAGAUUCAUGGCUGCAAAGUGUAGACGAUCACUUGAAACUUCUAGCAACCUCAACAGAUACUCCCACUGUUUACAUCUGUGAAAAUUUUGAAUGCUCAUUGCCAAUCACAUCAGUGAAGGAACUGAAGGAUAGAUUAGAUACAACAAAAUAA